AUGGAGACCUCCAAGGAGUUGAUUGCUGUGCAUAAGCCACUGAUACUUCGUGCAGGGAACUUUGGUCAUUGGAAAGCUCGUAUGCGACAUCAUAUCAGGGCCAUUGACGAGGACGCUUGGACCGCUGUGGAACAAGGAUGGGAGUACCCAACUGUUGUGUCUGAGGAUGAGAAUGGGAAGAAAAUCCUGAUUCAAAAACCCAAGAACACCUGGACUGAAACUGAAAAAAACCUUUCGAAGUUUAACUCUAAGGCUAUUUCUGCUAUCUUUGCUGCUGUUGAUCUGGACGAAUUUGGGAUCAUCCAAGGGUGUGAUUCAGCAAAGGAAGCAUGGGAUACUCUGGUGAAUCAUUUUGAAGGCGACACAAGUGUUAAGAGGACUCAUGAUCAUUUGGCUUCUGAAUUCGAGAACCUCAAAAUGAGUGCGGAUGAGUCAAUUGCGAGUUUCACCACCAAGCUGAGCACUAUUGCGAAUGAGGCUGCUGUCCUUGGGAAAACAUACAAGGACAAGAAGUUGGUCAAGAAGUUGCUUAGAUGUCUACCUCCGAAAUUUGCAGCUCACAAAACUGUUGUGAAAUACUCUAUGGAUACAGACAACCUGAAGUUUGACAAACUUGUUGGUCUACUUAAGGCAGAGGAAAUGGAGGCAACAGAUGAUCAGAAGAGUGGUCAGAAGGGUAUUGCCUUCGCAGUUACUGAUGACGAUAAAAGGAUGAUGCAGGUGGAAGAAAACCUUAGUCUUCUUGCUAAGAACUUCAACAAGAUGCUCAAAAGAGUUGAAAAGGGGCAAAAUCGAUUCACCAAGGUUCAAAGAUCAGACUCGGAUCGAGGAAAUUACAAGAGGACCGAAAGUGACCGUUCUGGAAAGAAACGAGACCUGCAGUGCCAUGAGUGUGAAGGUUUCGGCCACUUCAAGAGUGAGUGUCCUUUGACUAAGAGGAAAGAACUGAAGUGUGGAGAGUGCAAAGGUUUCGGACACACCAGUGCCGAAUGUCCUAACAAUCUGAAAAGCAAGGACAAGUCCAUGAUCGUGUUUGAAGACUCUGACACUGAUGAGGAGGAGGAACCAGAAACCGAGAACCUUAUGCUUAACUUUAUGGCAUUAACGGUUCAAGAUGAGAAGAAAUCUCAAUCGGCACUUACAGAUUCGGAGUCUGAAUCAGAAGAGGAUGACAUAGAUCCCAAGACAGAAUACCGCAAACUGUACGACAACUGGGUGAAGUUGAGCACAGAAAAUCUUCAGUUAGUAAAAGACAAGGCACUGUUGAAGGCACAGCUCAACAUCUUUGAAAUGGAACGAACGCCUCUAUCAGCUGAUGAAUCUGACAAGUCAACCGACUUGAAGGGUGAAGUGGACUUGGACCUGAAGGAUGAGUUAGCUAAAGAGCAAGAAAGAAGGAAGUUUCUUGAAGAUAAACUCGACAAUCUGAGGGAGGUUGUGUGUCUUGAAAAGGAGAAGGCAAGAGAGCUUCAAAGUCAGCUGGUUGAGAAUCAUAAAAAGAUCAGGAUGCUCAACACUGGAGCUGAGUCUCUGGACAAGAUUCUGUGUGCUGGACAUCCUCCGAAGAAGAAUUGGGGUUUGGGAUAUUCAGGAGGAGUUCUGAUAGAUCGUCCCACGACACAAGCUGGUACAAUUCCAGUUUUUGUUUAUGGAGGAACAUCUGUGAGUGAACUGUCAAAGGAGUGUGCUGGAAAGUCAUCUGUGAGUGAACCUUCAAAGGAGGGUGCUGAAAAGCCCCAGGUUAUAGAAAAAUCUGUCACUCAGGAAUCAAAAGAAGAGACCAUGUGUCUGAAACAAGAGACAAAGGUCAAGCCAAUCAGUGGUGGGAAAAAGAAACGAGUCUGUUUCUUUUGUCACAAACCGGGCCACAUUAAGAGGAGAUGUUUCAAACUGAAGAAAAUUAUAAAAAAGGCUUGGAGCCAGCGCCAGUGUUACCCAGAACCAAAGCACUUUGGAAAGGUGUGGAUUGACAGACGAAUUAUGUACGGAGAUCAGGCGACAAUUUGUGAGACUCAAAAGGACUUAACUGAGGAAACUGUCCUUUGUAACUUGUCCAGGAUCUCAACCACUGUUCCAAAAGUUGUGAGCAAUGUUGCCUACACCUCAACUGAUGGUGAAGUAGAGAGUGCAUGGUAUUUUGAUAGUGGGUGUUCGCGACACAUGACCGGAGACCUGGAAAGCUUUGAUCAAUUACAGAAAGUCAAAGGAGGACAAGUUACCUUUGGUGAUGGAGGACAUGCAAAGAUUCUUGGUGUUGGCAAUCUUUGUGGUGAGGAACAGCCACAGCUGGUCAAUGUGUAUUAUGUUCAUGGCUUGAAGGCAAACCUAAUCAGUGUCAGUCAACUUUGCGAUGAGGGCUUGAAGGUAGUAUUUACACGUAAAGAGUGCCAAGCUCUGGAUGAGAAUGGCAACGUGGUUCUUUAUGGUAUACGGUCUGGUAACAAUUGUUACAUGUGGAGUGCAUCGAACAAGUGUCUUUCAGCUCGUGAAUCCCAGUUGGACUUGUGGCACAAACGGUUAGGUCACAUGAAUGUCAAAGGAUUAAGUAAACUGGUGAAGGCAGAAGUCGUAAGAGGAAUUCCAAACCUUGAGAACUCCACAGAUACCGUGUGUGCAACAUGCCAAAAGGGAAAACAGAUAAAGGUCCAACACAAGCCUCUGAGUGAGAUUCGUUCAUCACGAAUUCUUGAGCUACUGCACAUGGACCUCAUGGGACCAAUCCAGACUGAGAGCAUUAAUGGUAAAAAGUACAUCUACGUACUUGUUGAUGACUAUUCAAGAUACACAUGGGUCAGGUUUCUGAGAGAAAAAUCUGAUGCAACUGAAAGCUUCAAGAUACUUGCGCUGCAGCUGAAAACAGACAAAGGUGGCAUUAUACAGAUUCGAAGUGAUCAUGGUGGUGAGUUUCAGAAUGAUGCAUUUGAAAAAUUCUGUCAAAGCCAAGGAAUCAAACACCAAUACUCAGCACCUCGCACUCCUCAACAGAAUGGUGUAGUGGAGAGGAAAAACAGGACUCUACAAGAAAUGGCCAGGGCUAUGUUACACGGAAAUAAUGUGGCUCCGCGUUUUUGGGCUGAAGCAAUAAACACAGCGUGUUACAUCAUUAACCGUGUGUACGUGAAGCCUGGAACUCAGUCGACUCCCUACGAAAUAUGGAAUGGCAAGACACCGAAUCUGAGCUACUUAUAUUUUGGCUGUGUUUGCUAUAUUCUCAAUGACAAGGACAAUCUUAGAAAAUUCGAUUCAAGAAGUGACACAGGAAUGUUCUUGGGCUACGCAGUGAACAGUAGAGCUUUCAGAGUGUAUAACUAUCGAACUAAGAUGGUAGGAGAAUGCAUAAAUGUUGUGUUUGAUGACCAGAACACGUGUGUUCUUGAAGAAUUCAUAUCUGAUGAAACCGGAACGUUUGACAAUGGUGUGUCACACACUGAAGCCCAGGUUGAUGAAGGAUCUGCCGAAGGUGAAGAACUCAGUGGUGCACAUGACCAUAUUGUGGAGCAGAACCAAGAGUCGGUCCACAAGAAUCACUCCUCUGAUGAUGUCAUCGGUGAUGUUUUUGGUGAGAGAAGAACCAGAAACAAAAAGAUUGACUUCAAAGCCAUGGUCAAGCUAGCCUGCUUCAUAUCAUUCUCUGAGCCUACCACAGUUCAACAAGCUCUAGAAGAUGAUUUCUGGGUUGCAGCAUGUCACGAAGAACUGGAACAAUUCGUGCGACUUGAUGUGUGGGACUUAGUGCCACCACCACCCAAUGUCAACAUUGUGGGGACUAAGUGGAUAUUCAAAAACAAGUCUGAUGAGGACGGCAAUGUCAUCAGAAACAAGGCACGACUGGUUGCACAAGGCUACUGUCAGAUUGAAGGGAUUGAUUUUGACGAAACUUUUGCUCCGGUUGCUCGUUUGGAAUCAAUUCGCCUCUUGUUUGGGGUUGCCUGUAAAUUGAAAAUCACUCUUUAUCAAAUGGAUGUGAAGAGUGCAUUCUUGAAUGGUCUGCUUCAGGAAGAGGUAUAUGUGGCUCAACCCAAGGGCUUUGAGGAUCCUGAAUUCCCGAACCAUGUCUACAAACUGAAGCGGGCACUCUAUGGUUUGAAACAAGCUCCUAGAGCUUGGUAUGAACGACUGGCUCAGUUUUUGAUGAAAGCCGGAUUUCAGAGGGGAAGUGUGGACAAGACGCUGUUUAUCCAAACCAUGCGCCGAGACAUCCUGAUUGUUCAAGUGUAUGUUGAUGACAUAAUCUUCGGUGCCACACAACAGAGCUUGGUUGAUCAGUUUGUGGUGACAAUGACCAGGGAAUUUCAGAUGAGCAUGGUUGGGGAGUUGAGCUACUUCCUUGGGUUACAAGUCAAACAAACUUCUGAAGGCAUCUUUGUUUCCCAAAGCACCUACUCGAAGAAUCUUGUGAGACGGUUCGAGAUGCAGACAAGUAAAAGUGCUACCACCCCCAUGAGCACUACGAACAAACUGUCCAAGGAUGAAGGAGGACAGCAUGUUGAUGAGAAACUGUACCGUGCCAUGAUAGGGAGUUUGUUGUACCUUACUGCAAGCCGACCUGACAUCUGCCUGAGUGUUGGCCUCUGUGCACGCUAUCAGGCAUCACCGCGUGUGUCACACUUGAAUGCUGUCAAGCGUGUGAUCAAAUACGUUAAAGAAACCUUGGAUUAUGGGAUGCAUUACACAAAGGAAACUAAUGUAAAUCUUGCUGGUUUUUGUUAUGCAGAUUGGACUGGGUGUCUAGAUGACAGGAGGAGCACGUCCGGCGGCUGUUUCUUCUUGGGGAACAAUAUGGUAUCUUGGCACAGCAAGAAGCAGAAUUGCGUGUCAUUGUCCACUGCAGAAGCUGAAUAUGUGGCAUUGAGGAGCUGCUGCACUCAACUGCUCUGGAUGAAGCAAAUGCUUGCUGACUAUGGUAUCACUUCUGACUCUUUCCUUGUUAAGUGUGACAAUAAAAGUGCAAUUGAUCUCACUAAAAAUCCUGUUCAACAUUCUCGCACAAAACAUAUUGAUACCAGGCAUCACUUUGUUCGAAGUUUAGUAGAGGAUAAACUUGCAGUUAUUGAACAUGUUGCAUCUGAGUCACAAUUACCUGAUAUCUUUACAAAACCCUUAGACCUGAACAGUUUUCUUCGACUGCGAAAGGCCUUAGGGGUGUUCUCUGCUGGUGGGGAGAUGUGUCCCGGUAUGAUUGUCACUCAGAUUGGACUGAGGUGUCACCACACUUUAAGUCUGACUCUGAUCACUGGCAUGAUCGGGGAAGCCGAUGUGAGAGUGCAUGCCACGGACCAUUCGACUGUGAUGGCUGAAGUGCACACCUGGCAAUGCUCUCCUGUUAGCCUCGAUCAAACACGUCUUCUCUUGACUGCAGUGACUGAAAAAGAGAGAGAUGCUGGACAGCUGAUGGAAUGUGUGAAGGCUCCUUGGCUAAGGGUGGAGGGUGACGUUUCGUGUGUCAUGAACCCUAAUCGUGUGGUACUGUCUCGAGCCGCUUCUGUCUCUCCAUCUUGGGUCACAAUGCCGCGCAACACUCGCUCCGCCACUGCCAAGUUGCUUGCCUCCGCAAUCGAUGCUUCGCGUCGCCGUUCCCCAGCGGACGAAGAAACUCUCGCUGAAGCCCGUCUGCGUCUUCGAGCUAAACGGAAGGCUCUAUCUCGCUCCGGGAAAGCACCAAUUGAAAUUCCAAGUGCUGAAGAGGACGAGAGUGAGGAUUCCUCUGCUGCCGAUGAGUUCGACCAUCUGUUUGCCGGAUCGCGGGCAUCUCCGGAGGAUUUCUCAAAUCCCUUUGCCCCCUCUGCUGGUGAUGAGAUGGACGAAGACUCUGCUGAGGACCUUGAGGCCUUUGUGGAUCCCCGUGAGGCAGAUCACCCGCUUUACCUGGCUCUUGAGGCUCGCUACUCUGAAAAUCGUCGUGAGCAAGUGGUGCGGGAUCGCAUGCAUCCGGAACUUACGCGUCCACGCUUGCGACCCAUCGACAACUUUUCCUCUCUAGCUGCUAAGGACAGGUUUGUCUCCUUUCGUCUUCGUUCGUUCCACAAUCAGAAGUAUCUCCCUCUCGAUGAUUCAAAACUCGUGGGAGCACGCAAGAUCAUUGAUGAUGCAGGUUUGAUCUAUACGGUACUCGAUGUGGAACCCUACAAACCAACUGUUGUCCAUGAGUUUUAUGCCAAUCUGGGGGAUUUGGAAUAUCACCUUGGCACGAACCGCCUUUAUGUCCGUGGCUUGAUGUUUGAAUUUACACCGGAAAUCAUUAACAAGAUGUUCUUGGUUGAUGACUCAUUGCCUCAUGGUGAGUGGGAACGAAUCAACAUUGAUGAAGCUGUCCAGUGUGUGUCCAGCGGUCGUAAGCAUCGGUGGGAAGGCUUUCGCUCCCGGCACCUUACUCCUCUCCAUGGGGUUAUCUACAAGCUGUGCUGCUGCAACUGGAUGCCGACAACCAACAAUACCACCAUGGUUAAGGAUCGCAUUCGUCUUCUCGCUCACAUUGUGCAAGGACAUAAGAUCAAUUUUGGUCGGUUGGUGUACGACCAAAUUCUGACCGCCGCUCGGACUCCUGAGAUGCACACGGUUACGGGCCAUCGAGGCGAUCAACCUCUUGCUGGUUUUCCUCUCAAGAUCACUUUGGAUCCGAAAGCUGGGAAGGGCUCUGGCGAUGAUGAACCUCAGACGGCUCCGUCUCUUGCUGCUGAUUUGGACCAGCUGGCUACGUGGCUCAAACGAGUUCAGCUCCGGGUUCGAGGGGGAGAAUAUGCUGAGUUAAGGGCGACUGCAAACGGUGAUGGAGAUGAGGAUCGUUCGGUUGAAGGGGAGCAGAGUGGUGGCGCAUCAGCUGAGGGGGAGAAUAGCGACGACACGAGAAAGCUUGGAGUAUCACAUUCAGAUAAAAAGGGGGAGAUUGUAAGAGUCGUGACUCCACAAGGCAAGAUGGGUUACACAUGGAAGAGCGGGAAUAACACAAGUUUGCAAGUGACACGUAGGAUGCAGGAUGAAUGUUGA